CGGUGAAAUAAAUGCAUUAUCAAAAAUAAAUAACGAUUUUCCACAAAUCGGAAUUGUAGAUUACUAUAUUCGGUUGCUUAGCAACCAAACGAAUGAAUACAAUUUUUCUUCAAUUAAUUUUCAAGUAAUAUCAACCCAUUGAAAUUGUCCUAAAGUGAAAAAAAAAAUGGGAAUUUGGGAAGACAAAGAAGUUAAAUUUGAUAUUCCUUUCACAGAAAUGAGAUUGAGGCCUGGGGAAAAAAUAAUAGAUCGACUAGACAAUAUUGAAGAUACGAAAGGUAACGCAGGAGAUAGAGGAAGAUUGGUAGUAACCAAUAUAAGAAUGCUUUGGCAUUCUAUAACUAGCCCAAGAAUCAAUCUAACAAUUGGAUUAAACUGUAUCAUGGCUAUAAAUACUAAAGAAGUUAAUUCUAGACUAACUGGUACUGCGCAAGCUUUGCAUAUAUUAACAUUGUCAAAUAAAACUAGGUUUGAAUUUAUUUUCACAAACUUGGUACCAGGCAGUACAAGGCACUUGACCACAAUUUCAGGGGUACAUAAGGCUUAUUUAUCUUCAAGAUUAUACAGGGAACUCAAACUGAGGGGUGCAAUUAUACAGCACAAACAUCUGAAAAUGCUACCGUUGGAACAAGUAUAUUCUACUAUGGAUGGUGUUUGGAACUUGUCCAGUGAUCAAGGAAGUCUAGGAACCUUCAUAGUAACCAAUAUAAGAUGUGCAUGGUUCGCAUCAACCAAUGAAGGGUUCAACAUAUCUUUGCCAUAUAUUCAAAUCAACACAAUCGUCAUUCGGGACUCGAAAUUUGGACAGGCACUAGUAAUAACCACUUCCGAUGAAAGUGGUGGCUUUGUUCUCGGUUUCCGGUUGGAUACGGAAGAAAACAUGAAUAAACUAUAUAAAGAACUCUAUGCUGUCUAUUCAACCAGCAUCAACCACCCUAUAUAUGGCGUUGAAUACCAAAUUUCUGCAAUGUCAAGUGAACAACAAAAUUCUGAUAUUUUAGAUGUUGAUGCCAUCGACGAUCCUAAAGGUGAAAUAACGAAUACUUUAGCCGCCUAUUUGGCCGAAGGAGGUCACAAAACUGACAAACCUGUCUAUUGUCCUGAGUUGGGAUUGGCCGUUGAACAAAUCAAAAACGGCUUCACGAUUCAGAAACUGUGGGAAGUCAUACCAGCAACAAAUUGAAGCAAACAUAAAAAAAGUUCAUAACAACAAAAGUAUUGCACUCCAUUAUUGUCUUGCUACUUCCAAUCCUUAUGACUAUGAGGUUGAGGUUUGAGCCUUGAGUCGGGAAAGAAUUUUUUUUGGUUCCUGAGCGGUCUAAGGAGAGGACUGGAGAAAAAAAAAUUCAAGAAUAUUUGUGUAUAUAAAAAUAAUAAAUAAACCAAUUAAUAAUUUUUUCUUCUUUACUUGUGAGGGUUUAAUAAGAAGAUGAUUUAUUGAUUGUAUAUGUAUAUUUUUCUUAUUGUCUAAACACCAUCAAAAUUAAUUAUUAAACUUAACCAAUAAAUUCGACUGUAUGUGUUUUUAUGAUAUACAGGAUGAUUUACCGGGGUGGCCUAUUAGACGUUUAUGGA